AUGGAGAGGAAUGUGUCUUCACCAUUCAACGUGACCUCUCUCCCGACUCAACUCCCUCUCAAUACCACCGGUGACAUCAAUGCCACAGUAAAACCCUUCAGUGUGUUUGAUGGGUGCGAUCAUCAGGUAGAGGGCAUUCUCUUUGACCUGAUCCUGCAGUGCGUCAAUGUACUUGUGGGCAUCCCUGCCAACGUACUUGUCAUUACAGUUCUCAUCUACAAUCGCAAAGACCCCUCCACUUCAGACAUAUUCUUGGGCUGCCUGGCCUUCACGGAUGCCUACUUCAGUGCCAUGCCCCCCAUCAGCUUCCUUAACCUUUACCACUGGCACAGCAAAGAGGUUUGGUCCGCCCUUAAGUUCUCCUACGGUGUGAAAGACACCAGCGGCCCGUUGUUUCUCUCCUGUAUCUGCCUGGAUCGCUUUUUGGCUGUGCUCUUUCCAAUUCUAUUUGGGCAGCUUAAACACAUUAAGUACAGGUUAAGCCUCUCAGUGAUGGUACUCUGCCUCACCUUUGCCUAUUCAGGAGCCAAAAGCGUGGGAGGCCUCCCCAACUUUGAGAAGGUGUUCACUGGUGAGAUCCUGGCGACCUUUGCUUGGAUGAUGGUGUGUAACAUGAGCAUCCUGUGGGCCCUCAAGAGGUCCCGUGGUGCAGGGAAAGAUGAGAUGCACCCAAUGAAGAAGAAGGCCUUCAAGAUGGUGCUCUCUAUCCUUUGUAUCAUUGUGUUUAACUACCUGCCGCCUGUAGCACUGUUCCCCUUUGAAGACUACUACUCCUCUGAUUUGUUUCGCUGCUACGUGCAGCCCGUGGGCUUCGCCUUCCUCAACAUCAGCAGCACCAUCCAGCCACUUGUUUACCUGUCUCGUCUGGAGAAGAUGCCUUUCCUCCCAGACACCUGGGAGGAAAGAAGUGUUAAGAAGUGCUGCUCCUGUGUCUCUGCAGAGAAUACCAAGACCCCACGUGCACAAUAA